AUGAUUAAGAGCAUUCGAACAGUUUUAGCACCGCUCUUGAUAAUCAGUUAUGUGUCUGGAUUAAGAAUUAUCGAAUUGUCUGCAGGUCGUUCAAGAGUAUGUUUUAGUAUCUUAUAUAUGCUCCUAUUUUGGUCAAAUUAUUUUUUCUACUUAAGGUUUAUAAUAAUAUCUUAUUUUACUAAUGCACAUUAUACUAUUGAAUAUUAUAUAUGUAUUGGGCUAGACAUUUUGAUAACAUUAGUAUCAAUUGUUUUUGGAGUGUAUCAUGAUAAGAAAUUUAGAAAUUGUUUGAGGAAGCUCGACAUUAUUGAUAACACAUUGUUGAAUAUUGGAACAACGACUGAUUAUUACAAGCUAUAUAAAAAAACAAUAUGUCUCAUCUUAGGAUGGCUCCUAUUGAUUAUAUUAAUGACUUAUGGAAUAGCAUAUUGGAUGAAAAAUGAAUACAACUAUAAUAUUUUGACAGUUUUUUAUGCUUUCAUUAUACGAAAUUAUUGUUCUUAUAUUAAUAUGAUCAAUGAUAUGAUUAUUGCAAGUAUUUUUGGAUACGUAGGAUUAAAAUUUGAUCAAGUUAACCAACAUCUUUUGAAUUUAACAAGAGAUAACAAAUGUAGAAUAAAGCGAGCUUGGAAAAGUUCCAUGCAUCAACAUAGAUUUUCACAAACUCCAAACAAAGAAUGGAUGAUAUGGAUCAUAAUACAUCUUCAUUCGGAGUUGCGUAAAAUAUCCCGUGAGAUAGACUCGAUAUUUGGAGCACAGAUGACUUUCAAAAUGGGAUGUAAUUUUUUUUGGCUAGUGCUCGACUUGCGUGAACUUCUCGGUGUAAUACUCAUCAAUAAUUAUAUCACAUCUAAUAAAAUACUAUACUUUAUUAUGGCAUUAAUGUGGCUUUGUCAAAACAUUUUGAAACUUUUUUUCAUUAUUUACGCAUGCGAAACGAUCAGCACUAAGGCAAAUGCCACGGGAAAUUUAAUAAAUAAAGUGUCAUACUCUAUUUGUGAUGGUGAAGCACGUGAAAAUAUAUCACAGCUCCUAUUGCAAAUAACUCAAUCACCGGUAAGAUUCUAUGGAAUUGGACUUUUCCAAUAUAACUACAAAUUUCUUUAUGGGUUCAGUUCAUCGAUUACGACCGUUGUAGUUUUAUUAAUACAGGCGUACAUAAAUAAACAAACAUUUUAAAGAAAUGACGAUUAAUAUAUUGUAAUAAUACAAUAAAUAAUUGUAUAAAUAAUUACAAAAA